UGAGCUGGGGGGUCUGUAGCUGGAUCGCCGGAGUAAGAGCAGGAUCAGCUGAACUACAGAAGAAAUGAAAAUAUUCUCUUGAAAUUCAUCAUCAACAACCAGGAUAUUUAACUAAGAGCAGUGUUUAACUGCUGAAAGAGGUGAAGCAGAAGCCGUCCUGAAGAAUCUCCAGAACACGCAAAUUGUUUGAUACAUUUAACAGACAAAUGAAGCCAAGUCCCGCCAUGGAGAAACAUCAGCACUCUGCCAAGAGUUUUACUAAACAGAGUACUCUCAAAAAACACCAGCGCAUUCACACAGGAGAGAAACCGUAUCAAUGCUCAGACUGUGGGAAAAGUUUUAAUCAACAGAGUGAUCUCAAAAAACACCAGCGCAUUCACACAGGAGAGAAACCGUAUCACUGCUCAGACUGUGGGAAGAGUUUUAAUCAACAGAGUCAUCUCAAAAAACACCAGCACAUUCACACAGGAGAAAAACCAUAUCACUGCUCAGACUGUGGAAAGAGUUUUAAUCAACAGAGUCAUCUCAAAAAACACCAGCGCAUUCACACAGGAGAGAAACCGUAUUACUGCUCAGACUGUGGGAAGAGUUUUAAUCAACAGAGUCAUCUCAAAAAACACCAGCGCAUUCACACAGGAGAGAAACCGUAUUACUGCUCAGACUGUGGGAAGAAUUUUAAUCAACUGAGUGAUCUCAAAAUACACCAGCGCAUUCACACAGGAGAGAAACCGUAUCACUGCUCAGACUGUGGGAAUAGUUUUACUAAACUGAGUAAUCUCAAAAUACACCAGCACAUUCACACAGGAGAGAGACCAUAUUACUGUUCAGACUGUGGGAAGAAUUUUAAUCAACAGAGUAAUCUUAAAAGUCACCAGCGAAUUCACACAGGAGAGAGACCAUAUUACUGCUCAGACUGUGAGAAGUGUUUUAUUACACAGAGUAAUCUCAAAAAACACCAACGAAUUCACACAAGAUAGAAACCGCAUCACUGCUCAGACUGUGGGAAGGGUUUUAAGCAAGAGUCAUCUCACACUGGGUGCGUUUACAUGCAGCCUAAUAAUCCGUUAUCAAUCGGAUUACUGGCUCAAUCAGAAUAGAGCACGUCCAUGUAAACACCUCAAUGGAGUAGUCCGAUUGAGGCUGUUCCGAAUCCAAUUUCUGUCCGAUUGAAUGAGGUGGAUAAUCCGAUACAAAGAUGAACAACCACCUUGUAAACACCUGUACCCAAUUACAUUCCCAAUUUGAAUGUUUAAGUUUGCGCAUGUGCCACAGCAUUUUAGGGCCACUCUUAAAAACAGUUUGCUUCGAGAUUAAAGUCCUAAUAUUAGGAGAGGAGAUAUAUUUGUAUUAUUUUAGGUAAAUUUAAUUCUUACUGCUUAAGCUGUAGUUUAGGAGCAGAGCAGAGAACUCAUAGGCUGUUACAUAAUACCCAUCAGUUAUCUUCAUGUAAGAUGCUGAUUAUUAAUGCUGUUUCACUUACUGUAUAUAAUACAGUGUCCAGAUUUUCCCGUGGUAGCCUCCCAGAAGAGCGUGCGCUCCUGCGCAGGUGAGGUGGCCGAGAUUAAGAGAGAGAUUAAGGGCGAGAUUCUUGUAGAGAAACAGGAGAUGAGGAAUAUCUGAGAAGCAGCAGUAAUUUUACCUGUGAGUAACUCAUACACCAGAACAGCCCACGCUGCAGGAUAAACUGAUAAAUCUGAUAAUUUCGGUGGUAAUCAUGACACCCCUAUUAGAUAUCAUAUUUCGCUUGUUUUAUCUCCAAAGUUACUAAGAAUAUCCAAAUCAUUUAGUUAAUUGAUUGUUUUUAUCCAGUACCAACUAUUAUCUUUGUAUUGCUUCACCUCUAUAUUUACUCAUGUGUGUGUUUCAAUAAAAGGCUUUUAUAUUGCAAGA